AUGUGGAUGAACAACAAUAGCAAACACAUUCAUCGGAAAUUAUUUCCAUUUCCAUCUCCGAUGAAUAAUGAUUCAUUAUCAAUAUCGGAAGUAGACGGAGGUGUGUUUGAAGAAGAGGCGGCCUUCAGAAGAUUCGCAUGGCCGCCAAGAUCGUACAGUUGCAGCUUCUGCAGAAGAGAGUUCCGGUCGGCACAAGCUCUCGGCGGCCACAUGAACGUCCACCGCCGUGAUAGGGCCAGGCAGAGGCUCAAGCACCAACCCUCUCCUCCUCCUCCGCCGCCGCCACAGGCGGCUGCUGGUGAAACUGCUGGAAUUCUUCACCACCACCACCAAAAACACAAUUUUUAUAAGAAGCGUGCAGAUGGCGAAAAGUCGGUGGAAAAACGUGAUUCGUUAUCAGCUGCAGUGGUCUGUAAGAGACAUAAAAAAAGUCCGUUAAUGGCGGCGGCGCCGCUGUUCUAUCACAGUAAAGUACUCGUGUCUUCAUCAACUGAGAUAGAUCUUGAGCUCAGAUUAGGGUUGGGUUUUCACAUUCAUGGUUGA